AUGCAUGGCGGAAAUGCUGAAGACAAUGGUUCCACUUCAGAUCAUACGCUUUACUUGGAUCUGUUUCGACAAAGAGCUUUAAUCAGUCCUCCACUUGUUUUUCAGCGCAAAUUGGUGUACCUGUUUGGAUCCCAGGAUUUUUUCGUACGACUGAAACAUAAGGCCACCUGGUGCAGCACAUUCAGUUGCCUAGAAACAUCACAAACGAGAGAUUCAGCUGGGUUCCAGGGGAGUCUCUUGAAAAACCAAAUUAGUUUGCAAAUGAGUCGACUGAAACAUAAGGCCGCCUGGUGCAGCACAUUCAGUUGCCUAGAAACAUCACAAACGAGAGAUUCAGCUGGGUUCCAGGGGAGUCUCUCGAAAAACCAAAUUAGUUUGCAAAAAGAACACAGUGACGAACAUUAA